UGGCGAGACCUAGCAUCUCCGAGCGAAGCGCGCAGCCGGGUGGGCUCUGGAGCUGCGGGGGCCUGGGAGCUGAGGAAGUUUGAGUGACUGCUGGCGGAGGGGCCAACGGGAGCCAGACUCCAGCCUUGAGGACCAGGGGGCGGGCAGACCCGCUUCCAGACAACCCCGGGCCCGCUGCCACCAUCUCGAGCCCUCUCUGGAAAGGUGUUUAAACUUUUAAAAUGUCAUCUAUCAAGCACCUAGUUUAUGCUGUUAUUCGUUUCUUACGGGAACAAAGUCAGAUGGAUGCUUAUACUUCAGAUGAACAAGAAAGUUUGGAAGUUGCAAUUCAGUGCUUGGAGACAGUUUUCAAAAUCAGCCCAGAAGAUACCCAUCUAGCGGUGUCACAGCCCCUGACAGAAAUGUUCACAAAUUCCUUCUGUAAGAAUGACAUUCUGCCUCUCUCAAACUCAGUACCUGAAGAUGUGGGGAAAGCUGACCAAUUAAAAGAUGAAGGCAAUAACCACAUGAAAGAAGAAAAUUAUGCUGCAGCAGUGGAUUGCUACAGCCAGGCAAUAGAACUGGAUCCAAAUAAUGCGGUUUAUUACUGCAACAGGGCUGCUGCUCAGAGUAAAUUAGGUCACUACACAGAUGCAAUAAAGGAUUGUGAAAAAGCAAUAGCAAUUGAUUCAAAGUACAGCAAGGCCUAUGGGAGAAUGGGACUAGCUCUCACUGCCAUGAAUAAAUUUGAAGAAGCAGUUACAAGUUAUCAAAAGGCAUUAGAUCUUGACCCCGAAAAUGAUUCCUAUAAGUCAAAUCUGAAAAUAGCAGAACAGAAGUUAAGAGAGGUAUCUAGUCCCACAGGAACUGGACUGAGCUUUGACAUGGCUAGCUUAAUAAAUAACCCAGCCUUCAUUAGUAUGGCAGCAAGUUUAAUGCAGAAUCCUCAAGUUCAACAGCUAAUGUCAGGAAUGAUGACAAAUGCCAUUGGGGGACCUGCUGCUGGAGUCGGGGGCCUAACUGACCUGUCCAGCCUCAUCCAAGCAGGACAGCAGUUUGCUCAACAGAUACAGCAACAGAAUCCUGAACUUAUAGAGCAACUAAGAAAUCACAUCCGGAGCAGAUCAUUCAGCAGCAGCACUGAAGACCAUUCCUGAUUUGACCAGGGACUCUAGGAUGCAAAUGGUUAUGGCUCUGAAGUGUUUGCUGUAGAUAGCGGCCAAAAAAACAAAUAUACCUACAGAAUAAAUCUGCCUAGACAAUAGGUUUAUCAGAGUUGAACAUAUGACUCCUUUGUAAACAAAUGGUCAGUAGCCUUGUUAGGGGCCAAUACAGCACCGGACAGGGUUCCAUUUUCAAAUCUUCAUCAUCGUAUUUGUAUACUAGACUUAAUAGCAGAGUAUAUUUAUUGACCAGUAAGGCCAUUUAUUGGUGAGACCUCUGGCUCCAAAUUCCCUUUAGCAAACUAUUUAAAAGGGAAGGUCACCAAAAGGAAAGGUUUCUCAUGCUGAGUUAGGAGAAAUGUAGUUGCCAGUGAACAGCAUGUUUGGACAGGAGAAGUUUGUUAUCUAGGUUUAGUCUUGAUAGUGUUAUUGGUAAUGAAUAUAUAUAUCAUAGAGGCCAGUAUUAUCUUUGAUGCUGCUUGUUCUAAUAGGCAGCAGAAAAUCUUAAGAGCUGGCAGAAAGAAGAAUUUGGUGGAAGGAUGUUGUUUUAAAAAGAAAGAAUAGAUGCUGUGAAUGUAUAGAAAGUGAAGGUAGGUAGGAUGCUCAGGUUUUUGCAUAGUUCUUAACUAAUCUUGCCCGCAGUUUGGUAUUUAUAACAUUAGCAUGGCCGAUUAUGCCAAGUACAUAAUAAAAUACAUUUAGAUAUCCCUAAUGGUAUUGGUUAGGUCAGUUACAUAACUAUUCAAAUUUAACUAGCACAACUUCUGUGGUGGUGACCUUACCAUGGAAACUCUCAAAUAUACCUACACUUAAAUAAGCCAAUGACUUGGCUUUUAAGGAUUUUCUAAGUGGUGUUUGAUUAUGUGCUCAUUACCAACGAUUUUUUAAAAACUCAAGUAAUUAUCUGAUACAUUACAAAAAGCAUCUGUCAUUAACAAGGCUUGUUCAUGUGUUCCUCUGCUGUGCUUCAGUUUGGCAUGUUGCUUUUAUGCUUAACUUAAUUUGAUGCAGCUUAAACAUAACAGGGGACUUAAACUAUUAUAUUGAAGUUAGAACACAUACUAGUGGAGAGAAGUGGCAUUGUUAGGUAUUAGUGGCAUGGUUUUAACUAUAGUGAUGGACAAGACUGUUCUAACUGGAAUUUCUUUGGUUUGUUAAUUAUGAAAUAGGUAACACUGGGCAGACAUGUAAUGAUUUCACAAGUAUUAUGAGAGAAAACUGAAAAAGUAAUAUUAAGUAAUACUGAUAAUGAUCAGGACCUUAUUAGAACUAUUUUCAAAAGACUCAAGAAGACUACCUGCUAUCUUUAAAUUCAAAAACCAACUUUUCCUUUGUUAGUUUAGACCAGUCAGUGGCUCUAUAAUUUUACUGUAAGAGUUGCUUGGCUUUUUGUUGAAAAUACAGGUUCAGGACCACACUUUCAAUUUUUACUAAGUAAAUCCUUUCAUAAGACCCAGGAAGCACUAUUUUAAAUAGACCAGCAAAUACCUAAGCCCCUUGGGCUUAGGCUAAAAUAAAGACCUCGAUGAACCUCUAGUUCUGGCCAGAGAAGAGCAGGACUUAAGUCUUAGCAUCUCUGAAUUCAAUCUCUGUUUCAUCUAAACCAAUUUAAUUUUUCAUAAAUUCAGCUCCUAGUAUUCAAGUGCUUUACAGAAUGAAGUACUAAUUACAUGAAAGUGAUAACGUUCAUGAAAAGAGCAAAGUUGAUCCUUAAAAAUUAGUCCUUCUUGCCCAAUGUUAAGAAAAAGUUUCUAGCAUAACUUAUCUUGAAUGCAUUGCAAAUGUGUUCAGACUGAUAAAUUGGUAAGCCUCUAGCUCACUGAUGAGGAAAGGAGAGAAAAUACAAAUUAACAGUAUUAGAAGUGAAGUAGGGGAUAUCAAUGCAGACCCUGCAGACAUUGAAAGGAUCAUUAGAAAAUACUAGAGCCAAUUCUAGGUCCAUAUAUUCAACAAUAUUAACUUAAAUGAAACAAACAAAUUCCUUGUAAGAUACAAAGUACUACAGCUCACUGAAGAAACACAAUCUCCAGAAAAGAAAGCCACAUACAGUCCCAAACUAUUUCAAUGGGAACUUCUAUCAAAAGAAAUUAAGGGAGAAAUAACAUUAAUCUACACAAUCUUACAUGAAAAUAGAAGAGGAGGAAAUGCUUCACGACACAUUUUAUAUGGAUACCAAAAUCAAAGACAUUAUAAGCAAAACCCUUUAAAACAAUGUCUUGAUUUGCUAAUAUCUGUAGUAAAGGUAUCCACUUUGUACACAAAUUCAGUUUAAAUAUGUCCACUCACCUGGAUUUCAUUCAAUUCCAGCCAUUUUUGCUCAAGUACUUUCGUCACUUUGGAAUCACUGCAUUUCAAGAAAGUUUUGUGUCAUUGGAUUGUGCUAGCUAUUGCAAAAUUGUAAGAAACACCCCAAAUA